AUGCCAAAUCACACAUCAGUCACCAAAUUUCUCCUCUUGGGAGUGACAGACAUCCAAGUACUACAGCCUUUUCUCUUCAUGGUUUUCCUUGCAAUUUACUUUGCAAUUGUGGCUGGGAAUGGAGUCAUCCUAAUGAUUGUCAUCUCUGAUCCAAGACUCCAUUUACCUAUGUAUUUCUUCCUUGGAAACCUAUCAUGUCUAGAUAUCUGCUUUUCUACAGUGACACUGCCAAAGAUGCUGGAGAACUUCCUCUCUACACACAAAACAAUUUCUUUCGUGGGAUGCAUAAGCCAGCUUCACUUCUUGCAUUUCCUGGGCACCACAGAGGCCGUGUUGUUGGCUGUGAUGGCCUUUGACCGCUUUGUGGCUAUCUGCAAACCACUUCAUUAUACUCUUAUUAUGAAUCAUCAGUGCUGUACCCAUAUAUCUAUCACUAUCUGGAUUAUUGGUUUUUUCCAUGCCCUUCUGCAGUCCAUAAUGACCUCUCAAUUGAACUUCUGUGGUUCCAACCAUAUCCAUUACUUCUUCUGUGAUGUUAAGCCGUUGCUAGAGUUGGCCUGUGGGAACACUGACCUCAACCAGUGGCUGCUCAAUACUGUUGCCGCAACUAUUGCCAUGGGGCCAUUCUUUCUAACACUUCUCUCCUACACCUAUAUUAUUAUCUAUCUUUUCUUCAAGACACAUUCUUGCAGCAUGCUUCACAAAGCACUUUCCACUUGCGCCUCCCACUUCAUGGUAGUUAUUCUUUUCUAUGCUCCUGUUGUGUUUACCUAUGUUCGUCCUUCUUCAGGUAGUUCCGUGGACCAGGACCGGGUCAUUGCCAUUAUGUACAGUGUGAUCACUCCCUUACUAAAUCCACUGACGUAUACUUUGAGGAACAAGGAAGUAAAAGGAGCCUUCAGUAGAGUGGUCAAAAGGAGACUCUGA